ACCCUUUUUGUGGGAGGGGCUGGGCUAAGUUUAAUAGUUUAUACAUGUAGAACUAGAUAAUGGCAGAAAGAAGUGAUAAUCUAAAGGUCACUGUUCCUCUGUCAUCAGUCACUGUUAGAUCUCCCUCACCCACUCAUCCCAUUGCUAACAGUAUUCAUUCAAACCCAGUCUCUACUGCGAUACGUACUUCAGGGGAUGCCACUCCAGCUCUUCCCUCAAUUAGCUCUUCUCCUUCUCACUCCUUCCCUCCCUCCUCCUCUCUGCCCCAGGCCAACGCCACCAUGACAAACUCUCCGUAUCAGAUGAACAUGUACCAACCUGCUGAUGACACACAGCUGCCUCAACUUCCAAUUUUUGGUGGUCCUUUGCAGCCUUUCUAUGAUCCAAAGAAAAAGGAACUCAUCCAACAGCAACUAGUACUCCUCCUUCAUGCUUAUCACUGUCAGAAGAGGGAGAGAGAGCACCAGGCAGAUGACAGGUUCAGACCCUGUGCUCUGCCACACUGUAGGACAAUGAAGAAUGUUCUUAAUCACAUGACCAAGUGUCGAGCAGGGAGAAAAUGUCAAUUUCGUCAUUGUGCUUCUUCAGAACAAUUGAUUUGUCACUGGAAUCACUGCAGACAUCGAAAGUGUCCUGUAUGCUUCCCUAUAAAAAACACCAACCUAGCUAGUAAUAUACUUGGUCAGCUUCGAAGAAAAUUUGGAAUUAACCCAAUGCCUCCUAACCAAGCAUGGAAUGCUGGAGUUAAUUUAGACUUAAGGAAUCACCUUAUUAAAAAACUGAUUAAAGCAAUUUAUCCAGUUUCCUUUCAAAACAGUAUUGACAGCAGAGUUAAGAGUGUAUCCCAAUAUGCUGCAAAGCUUGAAAAUAUGAUGUUCGAAAAUGCAAGCAGUAGGGAGGAUUAUUAUCAAAAGCUAGCAGAAAAGAUUUUUUAUGUUAGAAAAGGACUGGAUGUGGAUGCAAAUAAUCUGAAGGACAAGAUAGGAAUGGAAUAUCUCCCAUUUCCACCACCUCUCUCUGUGAAUCACGUUUUACAAGAACUCAAAUCCUCUAUCCUUCAGUCACAAAUGGGAGGUAAUUUCUGUAAUAAUUGUGAAACUAGUAUCAAGUUUAGGUGGCAUUGUAAAGAAUGUAAGGAUUAUAAUCUCUGCUCCACCUGUUAUCAUAAGAUUGAUCAUGAGCAUCCAAUGGAAAAACUAUUUCCUAUCUCAAGUGGAAUUGUGGAUAAGUGGCUAAAAGAAGGUAGUGUUGAGCUAACUGUUACUCGUGUUAACAUGCAUGGACCUCCUGGAGCUGGAAAGACCUGUGCACAACACCUUCUGUUGAAUGAAGGCCCACCUACUGAGUGUGUCACUGACAGUACACCAAUCGCUCGUCCGGCUGUUAGAGCUACAAGAAUAUCUGCUGACAAUUUGAAAUGGGAGAAAGUUACUAGAACUGGUUUACUUGAAAGACUGGCUUCUGAUUUAAAUGUGGCAGUUGCGUCUCAGUAUGAAGAACAUACUGGAACUACUUCACCUUUACAACAACACAGUGAUCCUUCUGCUUCUAUCAUUAAUUCUGCUUCUAUAGAAAUAAAUGAAAGUAUUGUUUCAGAUAAUGAAGCAAGCUCGAUAUCAAAUGAGGCUAAUAAUGAUGAAACUGAAACUGUUAUUCAAGAAAUUUUAGACAAAAUCCAACAAUCAGGAGUUCAGUUAAGUGGCCAUUGGUUGUAUGUUAUUGAUUCUGGAGGUCAGCCAGCGUACCAGGAGCUGUUACCAUUGUUCAUUAGAACAGCUUCUCUCAAUAUCAUCACUCUUGAUCUCUCCAAACCUCUCGAUAGAAAGCUCGAUUUUCAAUACAGAAUUGGUAGAGAGACAUUCUCGUGUGGUUUAAAUUUAAAGUAUUCAAAUCGGGAAUUCUUUCAGUCUGCAGUUUCUUCUGGAGCCAUUCUAAAACCAAUUGAUGUCCCUCAUGUCCUUGAAACGCCUUCACAUCCAAUGCAUUUUGUAUUAGGAACGCAUUAUGAUCUCAUAAGUCAAGAUAGCCUCAAAAAAAUUGAUGAAGAGUUAAUGUCUUCAUUAAAGCCUGACGUACAAAAUUAUGUUGUCCCCAAUAAACGUGGAGAGUCUAUUGUGUUUCCUGUUAAUACUCUAAUCCCUGAAGAUAAAGAAAGAACAGCAGCAGGACAAAAACUGUGUCAAUCAAUAGCAAAUUGUGGAGGCACUUCUCUUAAAAUGCACAUGCCAAUUCGCUGGUUUGCAUUUGAGCUUUGGUUGCAAAAGGUAGCAGAAAAGGAAAGCCGCAAUGUUCUUAUAAUAGAUGAAGUUAUAUCUGCUGGUACAAGGUUUAAAAUGAGUGAGAAUGAUACUAAGGAUGCCUUACAGUAUCUUCAUAAUGUCACUAUUGUCCUGUAUUUUCCUGAUAUCUUGCCGGAGUUAGUUUUCGUUGAUCCUCAGCCUAUUCUUGAGAUUUUGUCACGUUUAUUGGCUCUGACUUAUGUUGAGAGAAGUGCACUGCACCUAAUUACCAAUCCAGUACCUUUAGAUGAAGAUAUUGACAAGCUUCAUAAUUUUGGCUUCUUCCAGGAGAAGCUCUUGGAUCACUUAAAAUCAGAUGUGGAGCUUUUCUUUCCACCUCAUUUUGUGCCAUCUCAUUUAAUUGGCCUUCUCAUUCAUCUUCGUGUCAUCACCAAAGGAAGAGAAGGAGAUUAUUUUUUUCCUUGUGCCUUGCGGCCAUACACUAAUUUAUCUGUAUCUCAAACAGAAACCAAGCCUCUCCUUAUAAUCUGGCAAGAUAAACAUGGUCAUUAUGGUGUCAAUUCUCUUCCAGUUCCGCAAGGAAUGUUUCCCUUACUCAUCACUCACCUCCUUAAUCAGAAUGAUCACUCUUUUAGCAUUGAAUUUCCUCCAUUAAAGCCACAGUACUACAAGUAUCGUGAUGCAUUGUCUCUCUGGAUCAAAAUUAGAAGGAAACGUUACACACUUCACAUAAUCAAUCGCUACACCCAUAUUGAGGUUUAUUUUGUUGGAUCAGUUGAGAAAGCAAAAGAGAAUUGCCCGUAUAUUCGUGAAGUAGUCAUGACAGCUGUCAAUCAAAGUGCUGAUGCCAUCAAUGUGAAGCGCAAUCACAUUAAUGCAUUCCACUGUCCUAAUAAGGAAAGGAACUGUUACUGUGUUGUAGAGGAAGACUAUUUGGUAAAUUGUACUUUAUGUGCUACAUCAGCUGAUAUAAGUGAAGAUGAUGAGAGCUACUGGUGCUGGUUUCAUUUAAAAGACUGUGGUUUAACAGACUGUACUCCUGAGGCACUAAUACAAGUUUUGCAAUCUCCACUAGCAGUUGAACUUGAUAUAAGUGAUUUGGAUCAGAUCUUAACUUAUAUGAAAGAGGGUCAUUUUCCUAAUGAGUGCUGGUUUGAUCUUGGUCUUAAAUUAGGAUUAUAUCAUGGUACAUUGAAAGAUAUACGUUUAAAUUUCUCUAAAGAAGGAAGCCAUGUGUGCCUUCGGGAAUGUCUAGCUAGAUGGUUAGAAAGAGCUGAUGGUGUAGAUAGAAAAGGAGGAGCAAACUGGACCACACUAGUUAAUUGCCUUGAAGAAUAUGAUAAAAAUUCAGCUGAACGCAUCAGAUGUAAGAGAUUAAGAGAGGCUGCUGAUCAAUCAUUGACUGAUCCGGAAUUAUGUCCAACUAGCAGUAAGAAGAGUAAAAGUUCCUGUUAAGUUGUUAUUAGUCUGGCCCCGCCUCUUCGUUGCGCGGGGGUGGCGUAGAAGAGUCUGGUGACACUGCUACAGAAUUUGUUGCAGAAAGGAAUGCAAUAAUUAGUAGUUAUUAAAGUUAUUAAAACAUUCUGUCACAUGAUAACUUUCUUUUUGAGGCUUUUCUUGACAAGUAAGCCUUCUUGGAUGAGGAGAGAGGCAGUAGUAAAAUGCAAGAAGGAAUCUAUCAAAGUUCUAGUUGAUUCAAGGACAAUAUUAUGCGGAAGUGAAAACAGAAAAUCCGUCUACUUUUCAGCCAAGUUUAACACGAGAAUUCUUCAUAUUCUUCUCUUACUUCCUCUACAGUUAGCCUCUGUUCCCUUGCUAGCAUUUAUCGUAUCUACAGCAGGUUUGUCAGUC